ACCAUGCAGUACUACUCCUCCAAGUGAUCAUCAUCAUCAUCAUACAAACAAACUACUCACAAAGAGAAUAAUAGAGAACUUGAUUUGUUUAGCUACAGAAAUACAAAUGGCUUCUUCGAAGUACUGCAUUGUGUUGGUUCUUGCUCUGACUGUGCUGCUUCAAGCUACAGCCAGAAACGUCCCUGUGCCUGUGCCUGUGCCUGUGGCAGCGAACGUAGGGCUUAGCGACCAGAAGAACUUCCUCUCCUACGGCGGCAUCGGUGGAUACUCCGGCGUUGGCAACAACGGCAUGCCAUUCAGCGGCAUCGGUGGCGUCAUUGGCGGAGGUGGAAAUGGCUUAGGUGGCGGCAUUGGUGGUGGCAUUGGACUUGGUGGCAAUGGCGGACUUGGAGGACUCGGCAGUGGCAGUGGCAUUGGUGGUGGCUCUGGCGUUGUUCCUUCCCCUUGAAAUAAGAAAGUGAUAGAGGUUCUAUGAUAUCGAGUAGCUAGCUAGGGCAAUAUCUGCUCAUCAUGAUGAGAGUUUUAUUUCUAUUAAGUUUGAAAGUUAUCAUGAGAGUUAUUAUUAUGUGAGAGUUUUAUUUAUUAGUUAUUACAGACUAGUUACUUAUUUUCUAUUAAUUAAUUAAAGGUUUUUGUAAGA